CUAGUCCUAAUUUGCGAUAUUCUUGGUUCUCUUUGCAGGUGGAGUCUGUGCAGUGGACUUUCGAUAAGACAACACCCGAUGACAUCAACGGCGAGCUGCGCCACCUGGCCGAGUUCUUGGCCACCAAGCAGUUCGAUUUGGUUAUCAAUUUACCAAUGCGUGGUGGCGGUAUACGCAGGGUCUCAUCAUUCAUGACCCAUGGCUAUCGGACACGUCGCCUAGCCGUCGACUACUCCAUACCGCUGGUAACGGACGUAAAGUGCACCAAGCUGCUGGUGGAAUCGAUGCGUGUGACGGGUCGCAAUCCGCUCAUGAAGACCCACACCGACUGCAUGACAUCGCGUCGCAUCAUUAAGCUGCCCGGCUUUAUAGACGUACAUGUGCAUCUGCGAGAGCCGGGCGCCACGCACAAGGAGGACUUUGCGAGCGGCACGGCUGCCGCCUUGGCUGGGGGCGUCACCAUGGUCUGCGCCAUGCCCAAUACGAAUCCCUCGAUUGUGGACCGCGAGACCUUCAAUCAGUUCCGCGAGUUGGCGCGCGCCGGCGCCCGCUGUGACUAUGCGCUAUAUGUGGGCGCCUCCGAUACCAACUGGGAGAAUGUCUGGGAGCUGGCCAGCCAGGCGUGCGGCCUGAAGAUGUAUCUGAACGACACGUUCGGCACCUUGCGGCUCAGCGACAUGGCCUCCUGGCAGCGCCAUCUGUCGCGCUGGCCGAAGCGGGCGCCCAUCGUGUGCCACGCGGAGCGGCAGAGCAUGGCGGCUGUCAUCCUGCUGGCCCACCUGCUGGAGCGGCCGGUGCACAUUUGCCAUGUGGCCCGCAAGGAGGAGAUCCAGCUGAUACGCGCCGCCAAGGAGAAGGGUCUGCGCGUCACCUGUGAGGUGUGUCCGCAUCAUCUGUUCCUAAGCACACGCGAUGUGGAGCGCCUGGGCGUUGGCAUGGCCGAGGUGCGACCGCUGCUCUGCUCGCCCGAGGAUCAGGAAGCGCUCUGGGAGCACAUGGAAUAUAUCGAUGUGUUUGCCACAGAUCAUGCACCGCACACGCUGGCCGAGAAGCAGUCGGAGCGACCGCCGCCCGGCUUCCCCGGCCUGGAGACCAUAUUGCCCAUGCUGCUGCAGGCCGUGCGCGAGGGCCGGCUCACACUGGAGGACAUCAAGCGCAAGUUCCAUCGCAAUCCGCGCAACAUAUUCAAUUUGCCCGAGCAGCCGCAGACCUAUGUGGAGAUCGACCUGGACGAGGAGUGGACCAUUAACAACGCCGAGCUGAAGACAAAGGCGCAGUGGACACCCUUCAAUGGCACCAAGGUCACGGGUCGCGUGCAUCGCGUCGUGCUGCGCGGCGAGGUGGCCUACAUUGAUGGCGAGGUGCUCGUCCAGCCCGGCUUUGGACAGAAUGUGCGCUCCAAGAUGCCGCUGCCGCAAAAGCUGGAAAUGGAGGGCAGCGAGCUGCCCAGCGAUAUGGAUGCCAACGAUACGUUCGCCCGCCUCCUGACCGAAGGUACCAGCACCCCUGCCCCGCGUGCCGCGACCGUGCAUUUCGUGGAUGAGGCCAACGCGAGCACAUCGCCGGCGGCGGGCAGUUUCCUGCGUCCGGUGUCACCAUCGCCACGUCUGCGCCUCGACUCCAACACGGCGCUAAAGGAUUAUCUGCAAAAGAGCUCGGCGUUGUCGGAGCCAAACCCCGUGACGCACUGCCUGGUUGGCAAGCACAUCCUCUCCGUGGACAUCUUCGAUAAAGAGCGACUGAACGAUCUGUUCAAUUUGGCGCAGCUGCUCAAGUCGCGCGUGACCAAGGAUCGGCCCGUCGACGAUUUGUUGCGCGGCAAAAUCAUGGCCAGCAUCUUCUAUGAGGUGAGCACGCGCACCCAGUGCAGCUUCAGUGCGGCCAUGCAGCGCCUGGGCGGCCAUGUCAUCACCAUGGAUCAGGUCACCUCUUCGGUGAAGAAGGGCGAAACACUGGAGGACAGCAUCAAGGUGAUGGCCAGCUAUGCAGAUGUCAUGGUCCUGCGUCAUCCCGAACCUGGCGCCGUUUCGCGCGCUGCAUCGUUUUCGAGAAAGCCGCUGAUCAAUGCCGGCGACGGAGUCGGGGAGCACCCCACGCAAGCGCUGCUGGACGUAUUCACCAUUCGUGAGGAGAUCGGCACAGUCAACGGCCUGACCAUAACCAUGGUCGGCGAUCUGAAGAACGGACGCACCGUCCACUCAUUGGCCCGCCUGCUCACCCUCUACAAUGUCACGCUCCAGUAUGUCGCUCCGUACGGCCUGGGCAUGCCCGAGGGCAUUAUGCGUUAUCUGCAUCAGCGAGGCAUCAACCAAGUGACCUUCGACACCAUCGAGCAGGCGCUGCCCACCACCGAUGUGCUCUAUAUGACGCGCAUACAGCGUGAGCGCUUCCAGAGCGAGGAGGAAUACCAACGCUGCUGUGGCCACUUCAUUGUAACUCCCAAGCUGAUGACGCGGGCUAACAAGCGAACAAUCGUACUGCAUCCGUUGCCGCGCGUCGAGGAGAUCAGCCGUGACUUCGACUCGGAUCCGCGUGCCGCUUACUUCCGGCAGGCGGAGUACGGCAUGUACAUUCGCAUGGCGCUGCUGGCGAUGGUCGUCGGCUGUCGCAGCACGGCGCUUUGAACGAAUUUAAGUAAAUAUUUUUCUAUUUUUGUACUUUUUUUUUUUUUUUGCAUACAUAAACACAAAUUUUUGCUAA